AUGGCCCAAGGCCAGUUGACCUGGUUGGCUCUCAUUCGAGCCAUGCCGUUGUUGGCGCUGCUGGCACUUGGCGCCGCGACCCAAUCCUCGUCUGCACCGGAUGAGAAUAAGUCGUCCUCGGUCCAGGAAUGUCCCAUAUUCUUCAAAGCCAUCCAAACAUGUAUACCUAUCGCUCCAAAAAGUUUUCUACCCGUUGGCAUGGAUUCCGCCACGGCUACUGGAGGCCGCCGUACCCUAGGGGUUGAUGCCUUCGCCAAUAUGCUCGACGCCAUGAACGUUAUGCAGACGGAAUACUUCGCACCAUGGCUUGGUACCUGGCCCGACGCCAUCGACUGGACAGCUGCCGUCAUGGGCACGCACAUUUCAGGCGCAGCACGCACUCUCUCCGAAGACUUACCCUUCUUGAGUUCCGACGACGGCCGCACGAUUGAUUGGAGUCGAGCCUCCAAUCUGGUCGACAACUACCUCGGUCAGCUCAUAGGGUACUAUUUCGGCCAAGAUGCAUUCGCCAUCAGAAACGAGGCAUACGAUGACAUUCUCUGGGUCGUGCUCGGCUGGCUUGAGACCGUUCAGUUCGUCAACACACACUCCGAUCUGCAUUACAAGCUCAAAGAUGAGGAUCUUACCCAAGCUGGGAGCCCUGAUGCAGAAAGUUUUGGUAUUGGGGUCGUGAACGUCCUGUCGAAUGAAACUUAUCAUGGCAACCUCUGGAUUCCAGCCUUCUCCCACCGCGCUCGUAUCUUCUGGGACCUCUCUACGCAUGGCUGGGACACAAGGCUAUGCGGAGGGGGCAUGGUAUGGAACCCUCACCUGGAACCCUACAAGAACGCCAUUACCAAUGAACUCUUUAUCGCCGCGUCUAUCUCAAUGUAUUUGUAUUUUCCUGGCGACGACAACCAGUCUCCGUUCUACAACCGGUCGGACACUGUCAAUCCCGACGACCCAGACCUGCACAUCUACAGCGGACCAAGGGGCGCCAGGUACCUAAAGGCGGCCGUGGAGGGCUACCGAUGGCUAGUCAGCUCAAAUAUGAUGAACGACCAUGGGCUGUAUACAGAUGGCUUUCACAUCAGCGGGUAUGCUGACACCGGUGGUAACAACACGAGGUGUGACCGGCGCAAUGAUGAAGUCUACUCUUACAACCAAGGGGUCAUCUUGACAGGGCAGCGCGGCUUAUGGGAUGCUACCGGUGCCUCUUCGUUUCUUCGGGAUGGACACAAGCUCAUUCAAAGUACCAUCAAAGCCACUGGGUACGAUCUUGUUUCGAAUACGGCCGUCGAUGAUAUUUCAAGCCUGAAGGAGGGCGAGCUUCCACCAUGGCGGGGCUUAGGCCGCCUCGGUGUAAUGGAAGACACGUGCGAUGCAAGUGGGAGUUGUUCUAGGGACGGUCAGACCUUCAAAGGCAUCUUUUUUCACCACCUCACAGCAUUCUGCGCGCCACUAGUCGCACCACAGCCUUCUUCCGGGAUGUACGCCGAUACCCGUGCUUUUGCCGCCAUCGAGAAGUCACACCAUGACGCAUGCAUCUCUUAUAGCAGCUGGCUGGGACACAAUGCACACGCAGCGAUCGGAACGAGAGAUAAGCACGGCAAGUUCGGACAGUGGUGGACGGCCGGCCUGCUGAUCAGCCGCUGGACCGGUCCAUGGCCUACUAAGACUGACGAUGGAGUGCCGUGCGAGACCAACGGUACGGACUAUCGAAACUACGGCGUCCCGAACGACACGACAUGGCGUGGCCCGUCCUCGGAUCACGACCAUGCAAAACCGCCACAGGACCCCUUUAUUCCACCACCACAUGAGCAACCAAGAACGGAUCAAAUGCCCCUGAGAGAGCCCACGAAACAACAAGACCCAGUGGGCGCCGAGAAGCAGGUAAACCGCCAGCUCAACACAGAUGACCCCAAUAAACGCGGCCGCGGCCGCACCGUCGAGACGCAGGGUGGGGGGCUGGCGCUAAUGCGGGCGCACUGGAAGCUCGCCCACGGGAAGAUCGCCCACGGCCCCUAG